AUGCCCGUUUCCUCUAUGCAUGAACAGGUUUUGUCCCUGCUGCUGAUGGAGAAGGCACUGGACAAGGACGAUCUGACGGAGCUACUGCUGGUGGAACAGCUGCAGUGGGUAAGUUCCAAUGGUAGAAGGAGGAGGUACUACUCCGAUGAAUUAAAAAUUGCCAUUUAUCUAGAAUUGUUGGCGAAGACAGAUCCUCCUGUCUUGCAUCAUGGAGUGUCUAGGCAAGUUGCAGAGAAGUUUGGUGUGCCUCGCUUGGUUGUGCAGAGAAUAUGGCGCUCUGGACAGAACUAUGGUGGGAUAACAGGUGUUAAAAACAGGCUUGUUAGAAAUUGUGGUCGCAAAAGAAUAGAACUAGAUAUGGAAGCGAUCAAAGACGUGCCUUUGAGCCAGCGCACAACAUUCCAGGACCUUGCCAAUGCGCUAGGCGUUAAGAAAACCAUGCUUUAUAACCGUUACAGGGAAGGAUAUUUUCGUAGGCACACUAAUGACCUCAAAUUUAGCUUGACAGAUGAGAACAAGAAGGCUCGUGUUAGGUACUGCUUAUCUAUGCUUCAAGCACUGUACCUAGAUAACGAUCCUAGCUUCAAGCCACUGUACAACGUCAUAUACAUAGAUGAGAAAUGGUUCUAUAGGACUCGACGAAACCAAAAGUAUUAUCUUGCGAACAAUGAGGAAAGGCCACAUAGGGAGGUUAAGAGCAAAAACUUUAUAGAGAAGGUGAUGUUCCUUGCUGUGGUCACUCGACCAAGAUUUGAUGAAAAUGGAAAUUGCAUUUUUGAUGGCAAACUAGGCAUCUUUCCUUUCACCUACCAGGAGCCAGCAAAGAGAUGGAGCCGAAAUAGGGACAGAGGUACUUUGAUCACAAAGGCAAUGACAUCAGUUAAGAAAGAACAUAGCCGUGACUUCCUCAUAAACAAGGUGUUGCCUGCAGUCAAGGCAAAGUGGCCAGCGGAGGAAAGACAUAUGCCCAUAUUCAUUCAGCAAGAUAAUGCUCGGACUCAUAUUGCCGUGGAUGAUCCAGCUUUUGUAGCUGCUGCCCAAGCUGAUGGAUGGGACAUUAGGCUAACCUGCCAGCCACCAAACUCACCAGAUCUUAAUGUCCUGGACCUCGGUUUUUUUGCAGCAAUCCAAGCAUUGUUUGAGCGAGGAACACCAAACAAUAUUGAUCAAAUUGUGGCCAAGGUAGAGAAGGCAUUCCGUGAGUAUCCGGUGGAUCGGGCCAAUCGGAUUUUUUUAACACAACAAGGAUGCAUGAUGGAGAUCAUGAAGCAUAAUGGAGGGCAACACUACGACAUUCCGCACAUGAAGAAGAAACAUUUGGAGAUGCAGGGAGCUCUACCCAUUAGCUUGAAGUGUCCUGUGGACCUUUAUAAUGAAGCUGUUCAGUUCCUCCAUUAG